AUGGAGGCCGGCACGCCGACGAUCAUCCCGAACGCGGAGGGCGCCCGCACCACCCCCAGCGUGGUGGCCUACUCCAAGAGCGGCGAGAUGCUCGUGGGGCAGAUCGCGAAGCGCCAGGCCGUGAUCAACCCCGAGAACACGUUCUACUCUGUCAAGCGCUUCGUCGGCCGGACGGCGGCCGAGGUCGAGGAGGAGCUGAAGGAGGUGUCCUACACCGUGGAGACCGUGGGUUCCAAGCUCAAGAUCGACUGCCCGAUCGCCGGCAAGCAGUUCGCCCCCGAGGAGAUCUCCGCGCAGGUCCUGCGCAAGCUGGCCGCAGACGCCGGCAAGUAUCUGAGCGCCACCGUCAGCAAGGCCGUGGUCACGGUGCCCGCGUACUUCAACGACUCGCAGCGCCAGGCGACCAAGGACGCGGGCAAGAUCGCGGGGCUGGACGUGCUGCGCAUCGUGAACGAGCCCACCGCCGCCUCGCUGGCGUACGGCCUGGAGAAGAAGUCCAACGAGACCAUCAUGGUGUUCGACCUCGGCGGCGGCACCUUCGACGUCUCCGUGCUUGAGGUUGGCGACGGCGUCUGCGAGGUGCUGUCCACCAACGGUGACACCCACUUGGGAGGAGACGACUUCGACAAGGUAAUCGUCGACUGGCUGGCCAUGGAUUUUAAGAACACUGAGGGCAUCGACCUGCUGAAGGACAAGCAGGCCCUUCAGCGGCUGACCGAGGCGGCCGAGAAGGCGAAGGUCGAGCUGUCUGGCGUACAGGAGGCCAAGAUCUCGCUGCCGUUCAUCACCGCGGACGCGACGGGCCCAAAGCACAUCGACAAGACGUUGUCGAGGGCCAAGUUCGAGCAGAUCGCGGCUGACCUCAUCACCCGCUGCAAGCAGCCGUGCGCGAACGCCCUGAAGGACGCGAAGCUCUCGUCCUCGGACAUCAACGAGAUCGUGCUGGUGGGUGGCUCAACUCGCAUACCGGCCGUCCAGAAGAUCGCCACCGAGAUGGCGGGAGGCAAGAGCCCCAACCAGAGCGUGAACCCGGACGAGGUCGUGGCCGUCGGCGCGGCGGUGCAGGCCGGCGUGCUGGCCGGCGAGGUGAAGGACAUCGUGCUGCUGGACGUCACGCCGCUGUCCCUCGGCGUCGAGACGCUGGGCGGCGUGGCCACCGUGCUGAUCGGCAGGAACACGACGAUUCCCACCAAGAAGACCGAGGUCUUCUCCACCGCCGUGGACUCGCAGCCCUCGGUGGAGAUCGUGGUCUUGCAGGGCGAGCGCCAGUUCGCGAAGGACAACAAGAUCCUGGGCACCUUCCGGCUGGACGGGGUGCCGCCGGCACCCAGGGGCGUCCCGCAGAUCGAGGUGACGUUCGACAUCGACGCCAACGGCAUCCUCAACGUGGCCGCCAAGGACCGCGGCACGGGCAAGCAGCAGACCAUCACCAUCACUGGCUCCACCACCCUCGACAAGAACGAUGUCGACAGGAUGGUCAAGGACGCGGAGGCCAACGCCGCAGACGACGAGAAGCGCAAGAACGCGGUGGAGACGAAGAACCAGGCGGAGUCGCUGGUGUACCAGACCGAGAAGCAGCUGCAGGAGCUGGCGGACAAGGUGCCGGCGGACCUCAAGGCCUCUAUCGACCCGAAGUUGGCGGCCCUCAGGGAGAAGGUCGGCGAGGCGGAGCCCGACACCGAGCUCCUGAAGAAGAUGACCAAGGACCUGCAGGAGGAGCUGAUGAAGGUCGGCCAGGCGGCCUACGCGAACACCGGUGGCGCUCCGGCUCCCGAGGGUGGCGCCCCGCCCCCGCCCGGCGGCGCCGCCGGCAAGAAGCCCAACGACGUCAUCGACGUGGACGGCCAGUAG